AUGGUUGAAAAUGGUUCCAGCUGCAACUUUUCGAAAAUUACCGAUUUUCCGGAAAGCAACCUGCCCUUCACCUACUCCUGGCUCAUUCGAGAUUUUCAAGAACUCUACGCAAAAAUGAAAGGGGGUGAGUCUAUAUUUAGCGAAACAUUUGUUUCGCCGGCCUCAUCUCCUCCAUUUCAUCAGCACAGCACAUUCGUUUAUAAUCACUUCAAAUGGAAGUUAAGACUCUAUCCUCGUGGUUUUUUGGAAGACACGUGCGUUUCGUUGUAUCUUCUUCCGGAAAUAGCAAAACUCGAAACUCAACGCAGCUCAAAAUCAAGAUCUUCGAGUUAUCAGUUUGACAUCUUCCGUCUUGACGAUGUAGAAAUCAGGGGGUCGUACGUGUUGAAGAAGCUGGAAUGCAUACAAAAAUGUAUCAAGCAUGAUUUUAAGCUUGAUAUAUUGAGGCAAAAGGGAUUGGAUAAAUUCUGCAAGCUUGACCAAAUUUUUCCUGACAAUGAUAAAACUCGUAAAACGGAUUUGGUUAUUCGCGUGCAAUUUACCGACAUUCCGAAAGACAUUAUCGAUAUUAUCGAUAUUCAACCAUCCGGCAACCGUGUUUGUGAUGACCUCAUAUCUUCACCGUCACUGGAGAAAUAUUUGCUCAACGAGACCUUUAGCGAUGUCACUUUCACCUUUAACUGCGGUCGUCGGCUUAAAGCCUCAAGGAUUAUACUUGCAUCAAGAUCGUUACAUUUUGAACACAUGUUCGCUGUGCAACAUAAAGACCCGUCAAAUUCUUGCAUAAUUCCAAUCAACGACACAACUUACGAAUUGUUCGAGAUUUUGAUCUAUUACCUAUACACUAGAAAUCUGCAAAAAUCAUUGUCUCUGGAGGUAAUGCAAAAAUUAUAUUGCGAGGCGAAAACAAGAAGCAUCCAUGAGUUGGCUAAAUUUUUAACGAUACAUUUGAUUAAAAUGAUUAACGAGAACACGUGGGAUGAAUUGUUAAUGAUGGCGUGGCAAACCGCGAAUCGUGAAUUAAAAGAAGCGGCGCUAAAUUAUGUGUAUAAGCAUUGGGAAGAUGUGAAGAAAUCUGGCAGAGUCGAAAAGAUCAUGUUGUACGAAAAUGUUGAGUGGAUGGAGGAAUUGAUGAAGGCUAGAUUUUAUGGUGUUGGAAAGUAUAAAUUUGUACAGUGUUUAGAAUAG